CUCUUCCUUUUUUAAACCCAUUGAUACUAAUGAGGUAGGUUUUUAGACCGAAUAAUAACCAGCGCAAUUGAAAUAUUAAACUGCACUGAGUUUGAAAAGCUGAAAAUUAUCGACGAAAGCUGCACUAACUAAACUCGUCACUAGCACUCGCUCUACAAGCAUGGGGACGCAGGUGAGCGAUGGUGAUUACGUGGCCAGCUUGCAAGCCAGGGUCAAGGAAUUAGAAGCUGAGAAUGCAAAUCUUUUAUCUCGACUUGCUCAUUGUCACUGCUCUCAGGAUGAUCAAAUAUUAUAUGGUCCCGAUUAUAAAGAUGCGAAAGUGACCGAACCGAAAAAAUCCAAUGGGGAAUCACAAAGGAAGAUAAGGAAUAAGCCAGGCUAUAGCACAGCGUUUCUGAGUCAUCACAGCAAGAGAUAUGUAGCUUUAAAAGUAAUGUACUUUGGAAAAAGGUUCUAUGGUUUUUCUGCCGAGGCACAAAUGGAACCAUCUGUUGAGUCUGAAAUUUUUAAAGCUCUUAAGACAACAAGGCUAUUGGUUGGUGAUAAGAAGGAUUCGCAGUAUUCGAGAUGUGGUAGAACAGACAAAGGAGUUUCCUCUGUUGGACAAGUGAUAGCUCUUUUUCUUAGAUCAAAGCUCAAAAUAUCUGGAGUAAAUAAUGGAAGUUCUGGAGAAUAUGUUUUUGAAGAGAAACACGAAGGGGAGCUUGAUUAUGUGAGGGUAAUAAAUCGAGAGCUUCCAAAUGACAUUCGAGUUCUGGGCUGGUGUCCUGUUCCUGUUGAUUUCCAUGCAAGGUUCAGCUGUUUAAGCAGGGAGUAUAAAUAUUUCUUUUGGAAAGAAAACUUGAAUAUCCUGGCUAUGAAGACUGCUGGAACAAAACUUUUAGGAGAACAUGACUUUAGAAACUUCUGUAAAAUGGAUGCAGCAAAUGUGCACACCUACAUGCGGUGCAUCUCAAUGUUUGACAUUUCUCCAACAGAUGUGAGUUAUGAUGGUAAUCAACUCUGGGUAAUUAAAUUCAGAGGUAGGGCUUUUCUAUGGCAUCAGGUUCGCUGCAUGGUUGCUGUUCUCUUCUUGGUUGGCCAAGGUCUUGAAUCUCCGGAUUUGUGCAGGGACAUCCAACUGCAGGGGCGCGAGUUCGAACCUACGACAUCUCACUUAUUCACCUUUAAGAGGAUCCCCAGGAAACCUCAGUACGUUAUGGCUUCAGAAGCUCCUUUGGUUCUUCAAUCAUGUGAAUUUGAAAAUCUCAAGUUUAUGUGUUCACCAGAUUCGGGAAAGGCACUGCGCGCACACCUGGUUAAUGAAUGCCAAAUUUACCAGCUUGAAACUGCAAUUUUUGGUGAAGCUAUUCUUAAUUGCGUGCCUCAACUGCACGAUCAAAGCUUGCCACCAAGUCAAGGAUUCAAGAAGAAAGGCUCCCAUAUCCCUCUCUUAUCCCGACCAACUGAGCCAUCUUACGAAGAACGGCGUGCCAAACUCAGCUCAUGCACAUGAUGAUUUCACUGGUCAUCUCCAUUAUUUAGACCUUCUAUGGAGGUUGUAUUAUUAAAGGGUAGUUUUUUAUUUUAAUAUUUUCUAGAGUUCAAAUUUGACGGGAUCACUAUUUUAAAACAGACAAAAGCAAUUGCUCAAUACAGUACUUUGCUUGUCCAUGCCUCCAACAUGGGGUGUCCCUUUAAACAAACUCCUCCUAACCUAGCAAUCAGCAUGUGGAAAAAAGUAGAAUCACAUAAACUCAAACCUUUUUCUCUGUGAUGGUGGGUUAAUAAUGGUUGGUUCUAUGCUUGUUAUCAUGUCUGUGGAUAGGCAUGGUACCUAACUAUUCUUCAUGCCAAAAAUAUAAUCAAUUAGUAUGAAGAAUGAUUGGUUAGUGGUACCCACCUCCACCCAAAAGUUUAUGUUUGGUAUUCGAGUGACAAUAAUUAUAUAAUACAUCUAUUUUUUUU